AGCGCUAUUUGGCGGGUACGCGCCCAACCAAAUCCCGCACAAGGGAAAACCGAAAUUAAUACACAAAAUCGAACUGAAAACCCCAACUCACCAAAACAGAGACCGUACAGUCAUAGAGAGAGCGACACACACACACGAACGCACUCUCUGUACAGUGAAAGUGGGAACUCUGUCUCUCGGAUUCUAGGAGGUGGAAGCGAGGCGAACUAUCGAUCUUCCAGAACAUUCUAGACCACUCUAGUACGAACGGGAACCUUCAGUUCAAGCAACCAAACACUAACCUGUUUUCAUGGACUUGUACGGUCGGAGCCCCGCCAGGAAUGGAACCAACCCGGUGAAUCAACCGGAAUGGCACUCGCCGACCACCGACACUGGACUCGAUGAAUCGAUGUGGCAUUUAACGCUGGGUGGCGGCGAAUCUUACCCGGAGCGACCCGGCGUGCCUAAUUGUGUUUAUUACAUGCGGACCGGGUUCUGUGGAUAUGGUGCCAGGUGUCGUUACAGUCACCCUCCUGAUCGUGCUGCGGUUGCUGCUGCAGUAAGAGCUACAGGGGAGUACCCAGAACGGGUAGGGGAACCUCCGUGUCAGUAUUAUUUAAAGACUGGAACUUGUAAAUUUGGGGCAUCCUGUAAAUUUCACCAUCCGAAAAGUGAAGGUGGAUAUUUAAGCCAAGCGCCACUAAAUAUUUAUGGAUACCCGUUACGCCCUGGUGAGAAAGAAUGCUCCUACUAUUUGAAAACGGGGCAGUGCAAAUUUGGUAUAACUUGUAAAUUCCAUCAUCCUCAACCUGCUGGCACAUCAUUGCCAGCAUCUGCACCUCAAUUUUAUCAACAGGUGCAGUCUCCUACAGUUCCUCUGGCUGAACAGUAUGGAGGAGCUUCUACAAACAUGAGAGUGGGUAGGCCUCCUAUAUUGCCUGGUUCAUAUGUACAAGGGGCUUAUGGUCCUGUACUUCUUUCCCCGGGGGUUGUUCCAUUUCCUGGAUGGAGUCAUUAUUCGGCACCUGUAAGUCCUGUGUUAUCUCCUGGUGCUCAACCUGCUGUUGGGGCCGCUUCUGUAUAUGGAGUGACCCAGUUAUCAUCAUCAACAUCUGCUUUUGCUAGACCAUAUACUCUGCUGCCCUCUUCUACUGGCCCUUCAGGAAGCAACUUGAAAGAACAAUUAUUUCCUGAAAGACCUGGUGAACCUGAAUGCCAAUAUUAUUUGAGAACAGGGGACUGUAAAUUUGGAUUAGCUUGUCGAUAUCAUCAUCCUUGCGAUCAUAUUGUGUCACAGCCACUUCUCAGCCCCGUUGGUCUUCCUUUACGUCCGAAAACAGGGGGUACAACCUUGUGCAUUUUAUUUGCAAAAUGGGCAUUGCAAGUUUGGCUCCACGUGCAAAUUUGACCAUCCUUUGGGAUCUAUGAGAUACAGUCCAUCGGCAUCGUCUCUCAUUGAUGUGCCAGUUACUCCGUACCCAGUUGGGUCUUUGCUGUCUAGUCUUGCCCCUUUAACAACAUCUUCGGAGCAUCGGCCUGAACUGAUGUCAGGAUUCAAAAAGGAAUCCUUUUCAACCAGAAUACCUUCUUCUGGAAAUAGUUCUGGUACUUCUGUCGGUUUGAUUUUCUCACAAGGUGGGUCUAUCCCGCCAUCUGAUGUGCAACUCUCAAGUCAGAGUUCUGCCCCUCUAAGCAGUAGUAGAAGCAGCAGACAAAGCGGUGAUAUACGUUGACCUGGGCAGUGCAAGACUUGAUAAUAACUUCUCAUUAGAUUGGGUGUGAUUUCACAAAACCUCCAUUGCUUUUGUCUAUAGUCUCAGUAUUUAAUGGCAACUGUUCAAAGUUUCAUUAUUGCUGUCAAGAAUUCCUCAUCCAAUUCUCUUAAGAGCCAAUACGUGAUCAUUCUCUUUUAUGUCAUCUCAUCUGAUAAUAUUAUUAUCUCAAAUAAGUUUGAAUAGAAAACUUUUUAUUG